AGUCGCACGAGCCGGGGCGCGACCACGCCUAUAAAUAAGAGCCAUGAGCGGGUGCAAUUCCACUCAUCCCAUCACCACAGCACCAAGUCACAAGCAAGAGUAGGAGCUCGAUCACCGAGUGUUAGCUCUCACAGUUCGCAAGUGUUUCGUUUAAGCAAGUCGGCAAUGGCUACGAUUGCUCUGAUAGUGGCCAUGGUGCUCAGCCUGGCGCAGCUCUCCGCCGGGAGCAGGAGGCUGAUGGAGCUGUACGUGCCUCCGGAGAGCGACCGGCUCACGUACCACCAGGGCGGCGUGCUCGGCGGCGACAUCCCCGUGUCCAUCCUCUGGUACGGCAAGUUCACGCCCGCGCAGAGGUCCAUCGUCGCCGACUUCGUCGUCUCGCUGAACUCCGCGCCCAACGGGGCCGCCACGCCCUCGGUCGGGCAGUGGUGGGGCACCAUCGAGCAGCUCUACCUGUCGAAAGCCGCUGCCGCUAACGGCCACGCCGGUGCUACGCAUGUGCUCCUCGCCGAGCAGGUGACCGACGAGCAGUGCUCCCUCGGCACGUCGCUAACCCUGGCCCAGAUCGACCAGCUCGCCGCGAGCGUCGGCGCCAAGAAGGGCGGCAUCGCGCUGGUGUUCACCGACGAGGACGUGGCCGUGGAGGGCUUCUGCAGCAGCCGGUGCGGCAGGCACGGGUCGUCCGCCGGCGGCGACUCCACGCACAUCUGGGUGGGCAACUCCGUGAAGCAGUGCCCCGGGCAGUGCGCGUGGCCGUUCGCGCAGCCGCAGUACGGGCCGCAGGGCGCGCCACUGGUGGCGCCCAACGGCGACGUCGGGAUGGACGGCAUGGUGAUGGUCCUCGCCACCAUGGUGGCCGGCACCGUGAGCAACCCGUACGGGGACGGCUACUACCAGGGCCCCAAGGGCGCGUCCCUGGAGGCCUGCACGGCGUGCCCCGGCGUCUACGGCAGCGGCGCGUACCCGGGCUACGCCGGCAACCUGCUCGUCGACCCCGCCACCGGCGCCAGCUACAAUGCCAACGGCGCCAACGGGAGGAAGUACCUGCUCCCGGCGUUGUACGACCCCGCCACGGCAUCCUGCAACACGCUUGUCUAGUCCCAUGCGUCCAUCCGGGCACGGCCAGACUUUCCCUGUACGCUUGAGAAGUUGUACAUAGUGUAACGUGUUGGAAGAAAUGGAAAUUGCUUCGUUCGUUUA